AUGCGAUCGGUCAGCCGUCGCUUCCGCCACAUCAUCGACCACAUUAUAUAUGAGCGCUUGCUCGCAGCCGCCUUACUCGAUGAUUGGAGGCUCAUCAUUGAAUGUUAUCAUCCGUGGGAUCAACGGUCUGCGGAUUACGUAUUCUGUGAAUACCUAGAGACCCCGAGCUUGAGCUUGGAUGCUCGACGGUCUGGAAUGAACGGCAUCCAAACUGAUAGUUUCAAGAACCUCCAUGCACGUUUCAGGCCGUGCAAAACCACUCCAGAGCUGAGCUAUAGGCGACGACAACCGCCCGGGGACAUUCCGGGCUCACGCACUUCCGAUGCUGCCAAUUCUGCGGGGUUGUCUGGAGAAGACUCGGUCAAGCUGAGAAUCAAUCUAGAUAGUCACGAGAACUUCUCUCAGCUCAUCUUCAGUUCAAGUCUAGUCAGAAUCGGACCGCGAAAGGGCGUUUUCUAUUCUCUCGCCAACGUUUUAGAUAGAAAGACCAUGAGAUUAUUUCGCAGCUGGCUUUCUCAGAAGGCUGAUCUUGACAAACCAACGCGGGGGCCCGAAGAAGAGCUGCCAGAUGCGACGAGACUAAAGGUCGAUCAAGCGAAAGCGAGUCAACUAAUUUGGAUCGAUGACGGGACGAAGAUCGCAGGGCUUGAUAUCGAGUUGAAAGAGCUCAAAUGGAACAGAACAGCGCCAAUUCUGAUGGACAGGGAUGAGGAACGAAAUAUCAGCUAUUCUAUAGAGCUGAAAGGUAUGCUAAUCUGA